AUGGGGAAAGGUACCACGCAUAGAAUAAGAGAGCUUCUCAAGUUCACUAAUGAGAAGAAGUGGAAACAGUUUUCGUCGCGGAGGUUGGAACUCAUAGACAGGUUUGGACUCAGCGAGAGGAAAGCCUCAGAACAAGAUGAUAACAUUAGACAGAUUGCAACUCUGCUCAGAGAAGAGUUCGAGUUCCCAGAGAGUAGCGCCUUGGAGUUUGAGAAAUUGGUCACCGCUGCUGUACAGUCCGUAAGGAGGAACAGGAAAAGAUCGAAGAAGAAACUGUCAGAACUCAGAUUGUCCUCCUCGUCAGCCAAUUCCUCAACUGGAUCAUCCCCACAGCACUCGCCGCUCUCCUCUCUCUCGUCUUUAUCAUCGCCAAACACAAACGUGCAGCAGCCAUUCUCACUGGGGAAGAAGGAGCUUGCACCCCCAAGAGUGCAGUUGGAGAGAAACCCACAGUUGGGUGUAACGACACACCCACAACCGGUGUUGCCGCCAGUGGCGAUGAUCAAUAACGACGCUUCCCUGCUGCGAGGUGUGUUUACUCAACUGCUCAACCUGCCACAGGGUACCCCGCCAGGUGCAAACCCUCGCAGCUCACUGAUGCAGAAACUACUACGAAACGUGAGGAAUUCGACCACUUUCGCGAAAGUGGUCGAUGGCAACGUCGUGACACCGCGCGAUUUGGUCCCCUUGGGCGAAAUGUCCAUACGGUCAUCUGUCGCGUUUGUCGUCGCACAGGGGGACCUUGCAAACAAGGGUAACGUGCUACAACAGACUUUCCACAACAGUCUCGCGGCACACUUGUUCAGCGCACUCCCCAUGUUCGCGACGAUGAGGUCAGAGUUGCAAUUAAAGUUCCUGUACACGGUGAUAGGCUCCAUCGUCAAGGACUUCGGGUUCGACGCAACACUUUACCCAUUGAACGAAAUCAUAAUACACUUGGGUACGAACGGCCCGCCACAACAGACACAGCAGACCACGCUACCACCGCUGGGCAACGACGUCAACGGACUCAAGAUCCUCAGCGCCGUCUCCUCACAGGUCAACAUUUCCCCACAACCGAUCCUCCCCAACCUCAUAGUCAAGGAGUCCUUCGCCAACGGCACGCUCCCACAACCUAUCCACCAAACGCUAUGA